AAAUAGCUACUGAUUUUUUUCGUUUUACCACGUUCUGAAAUAGUUUUGCACUAAAGCUAUACAAAUAUCAGGUAAAUGCGUAAGAUCAAAUGUCACAGGUGCAGCAAUAGAUCUUUACUAAAUGUACAUGCGCGCAUAAUACCAGUAAACCACAGCUGAGAGCCGCAGUCGGUAGUGUCGUGUUUAUUUGUGCCUGUGAGGAAGUGUGGCGACACUGCUACUGUCCAAGACCUAUCCUUCAUACUGUCCGGUACUGGAUAACCAGGUAUUUUGCAUUUUAUUAGAACAAUUUUGACACGCACAUUCGUCGUGGCAUACGUUUUUUCUGUCUAUUGAGGAGGACUGUGCCUUAAGUGUUUACACUGUUCCAACGGAUUGGAUAACAGAGGUGCAUUACUUUACAGAGCUAACCAAGUAACGUUAGCUAGCGUUUCCUUAACGAUAACGAUUUAAGUUGUGCAAGCUAAAUUGAUAAAUCGGUGUUCAUGCCGGAUUUCGAGCAUUUCAGAUUUUCUCAUAGAAGAAUGAAUCCUUUACUCGGGGAGAGCGUGUAUUCGCUCCAGCAUCAGCAACAGAAUCAGUUUUCAGGUCUAUCAGAGUCAUCCAAUACGGGGUUGAUGCCCGACUCAUUUUACGGUGCCCCUGACUCUAAUCUUUUCUUGGGCGAGUACCCUGGCGUAGGACCGGACAGUUUGUCCAGUAUGCCGCCUACCGGACUUGCAUACUUGCACCUCAACAACAGCCUCCAUCGCGCGCCACCACCCGCACCUGCUGCCAUGGCCUUGCGCAAUGACCUGGGGUCCAACAUAAGCGUCCUGAAGACACUCAAUUUGCGUUUCCGUUGCUUCUUGGCAAAAGUUCAUGAGCUUGAGCGUCGAAACAAGGCUUUGGAGAAACAGCUGCAGCAGGCGCUGGACUCUCACAACAAUGGAGGUAUGGGGAGAAGGCCACUCACUCGAGAUGUCGGCGUUCAGACGGGGUUUGUUGGGCCCAUACCGAUUAGGCCGGAUUUCAUCCCUCUCCAAAAUGCAACCAACGCAGCUUAUUUGACCGGGACCCUCCUGUCCCCUUCCCUGAACACAGCAGACACUCUUGAGCCAAAUUUCAAUCCAACCCUGGGGAUUGUAAAUCCCUCCGUCCCAGACUCCAACUUCAACCUCACCUCCAACAUAACCAUUAGUCCAACCACUCCAACUGACCCACCCAAGACCAUAUCCAACAUAAACGAGAGAUUUAUGAGUACCGGAACUACUACGUGCAACAACCCCCCACCCAGGUUCCUACCUGGAACCAUUUGGUCCUACAACCAUACUCGCAGGCCAAGCCCAGGUUUCGCCAAAGAGACUCGGACAGUGGGGCCUGGGGUGUCAUGGAGUCAGCCGGAUGGAGUGGGCGUCCAGAUUGACACCAUCACACCUGAGAUUCGUGCGCUGUACAAUGUGUUGGCCAAAGUCAAGCGAGAGAGAGACGACUAUAAACGAAGAUGGGAGGACGAGUACACAGUGAGAGUGGACCUCCAGGAAAAGCUUGCAGACCUGGAGGAGGACCUCCAGGAGAGUGAAGUGUGUCAGGAUGAGCUGGCCCUGAGAGUCAAACAGCUGAAGGCUGAACUGGUGCUCUUCAAAGGCCUGAUGAGUAGUGACCUCUCUGACCUGGAUAGCAAGAUUCAGGAGAAGGCCAUGAAGGUGGACAUGGAUAUCUGCCGCCGGAUCGACAUUACAGCUCGCCUGUGCGACGUGGCUCAGCAGAGGAACUGCGAGGACAUGAUCCAGAUUUUCCAGGUGGCCACUCCCCCAUCAACACUCCGUCGCCCAAGGAAGCAGACGCAAGUGGGCGAUGAGCCAAUCAGCCUCUCUGAGAGCGAGGAGGGUGGGAACAAGGAAGUAGAAUCCUGCACAUCAGCCAAUCAGAUCAAUGAGGAGAUGCAGAGGAUGCUUAAUCAGCUGCGGGAGUGUGAAUUUGAGGACGACUGUGACAGUCUGGCCUGGGAAGAGACAGAGGAAACCCUGCUGCUGUGGGAGGAUUUCCCAGGAUGCACCUUGGCAAUGGACCCCCAGGGCGAAGUGUUUCCUCCAGAGGAAUCCAUUGAGAAAGUGAUCAAGGACACAGAGUGCCUGUUUAAGUCCCGAGAGAAGGAGUACCAAGAGACCAUCGACCAGAUUGAGUUGGAGUUGGCCACUGCUAAGUCGGACAUGAACAGGCACCUGCAUGAGUACAUGGAGAUGUGCAGCAUGAAGAGAGGCCUGGAUGUGCAGAUGGAGACCUGCAGGAGACUCAUCACUCAGAGUGGAGACAGGAAGUCGCCUCUACAGAUAUCAGUGGCCGUGGAGGAGGCCGAUGGUGGAGAGAAGGAAAAGCCAAAGGCCUCACUGGCCGCCGACUCCGCUGGUAAAAACGACCAGGCCGGCACGGCUGUCCAGGAUGUCGCCCGGAAGAAAACCUAACCUCAACCUUCACGCCCAACCUCAAUCACUCCAUGCGUGUUUACAUGACCAGUGAUUUGGCUAGACCAGUGAUUUGGUAUAGGUCUCUGCUUCUAUGGUAACCUGAACCCUGUCCCUUUGUCUCAUUAAUAUCAAUGCUUCCCUCUGCUGGAUGAGGGUCGUACUGCCAAUAUUCAAAAAUAGGGAAAAAAUUGAUUCCAUGACACAAUGGCACUUUUGGUAAAUAUAAUACAUUGGGGCUAUUUGUAUUAGUAAAUAUACGCCAGUUGAAAUAUAUCAAAUACAAAAAAAAAUGUUCAGGUGAACAAAAAAAAGAGCUUUUAAUCAAAAUUUCAAUUAUACUUUUGCUUGCACUUUAACUUAAUUUUGGUGUCCUAAAGUGCAUCAUACAGCACCUUGAUUCCACGAUACAAUAGCACUUUUGGAAAAAUAAUACAUUUGGGGCUAUUUGUACUUGUAAUUACACACUAGUAAAAAACAAAAACAAAUACAAAAAGAUGUUCAGGGGAACAAAAUAAGAGUUUUUAAUCAAAACUUAAAUUAUAUUUUUGUUUGCACUUUAACUUCAUUUUAGUGUCCUAAAGUGGAACAUACAGCACUUUGACAGCCACUUGAUGACGACAAAUAUUUACAAAUCAAAAUAUUAAAGCCAGCAAGUAUUUACAUUCAUCACAUUCUCACUUUGUCAUGCAUUAGUUCAUUACUAUGAACCUCCAAGGCAACAACAAGGUUUUUUUUUUGUUUGUUUGUUUUAAAAGCUUCUUCUUGUUAUUUUGGUUAUGCAAUAUAAUUGCUAAUUGAAAAGGGGGCAGUGGUGAUCACUUUUAUAUCCCAGCUAGUAGAAUCAGCAUCACAUCAAGUGAUAUAACACUUGGAUCCAAACUGUGAUCUGUAAUUAUACAAGUUAAAUUAAAUCUCUAAAAAAUUCAGAGUCAAGUCAAUUCAACUCAAAGCCAUGCCUCAAAAGAUACUCUCUAAACAAACACACACACACACCUAUCACUAGUCUAGGUAUCAUUAUGUUUUUGCCCUUUAACAUUUUAAGAAGCUCCAUUUAAGAGGCCUUACUGAACAAGUACACAUUAUUACAUUCCUUCAUCAGAAGACUCCAUUUGUUAGGUACUGUAGAAUUCACAGCAGAUUAUAUAAAUAAAUAGGCAUUGUUCUCAAAAAAUUCAAACCUCAGCUCAGUCUGUAGUUGUAGAUAUAGUAGAGAUGGAACCGUAGAUCUAGAAUAGAUAUACAACUGUAGAGAUAGAGCAGAGAUACAGCUGUUCUAAAGAGCAGAGAUACAGCUGUUCUAAAGAGCAGAGAUACAGCUGUUCUAAAGACCACAACUAAAUUCUACUAGGCUGCCAUUAUUGGCGGAUACCUGUAGUGUGUUGUGUUCAGAUAGUCCCCAUCAAUCAUCCUAUGCCAGGUCCAAUGAAUGGCAGCCUGAUGUCAAAUGUACAUCCAAUGUAAUUCAAGACUAUGCAUUAGUAAAUGUAGGGUAAAAUUAGAUCUUUAAAUAAAGUCUUUAUUUAUCUUCUUCAAAAACCUGACACGACGAAUAAGCCAAUUGCGUUGUCUCUGCUUUUUGAAAAUAUCUUGGCCUCGGUUUGCCUUUCUGGAAGCAUUAGAGGCACACACACACACACACUGUUUAUAUCCUGAUUAUCAGCAUAUAUUGGGUCUGAAUGAUUAGGAAUGAUUUUGCCAUUGAGCCCAGUGGUAGUGAGCUUAUUCAGCUUUUAUUUAGCUAACAUUAUGGCCAUUAUAAAAGCCUCUCUAGACCAAUGUACAGCAGUUUUAACCAGCAGUCACAUCCAGUGCAAAGAUGAGGGUUUUUGGUUGUUUUAAGUUUCUUGUUAUUUUGUUUUAUUUUAUAACAGCCAUGAAUCAUCGUGUUUUGCUCAAUUACUAUAAGUUUAUUUUGCCUCUAAGAGAUAAUUGAAUGAAGUAUGUAUACAACCUGACAUAAAUAAUUCUGUAUUAUUUAACUGAUAACAAAAUAUAUCUACAUAUUUGCAAAUGAGUGUUCAAGAGAUGGGAGGGAAAUAAAUACUCCAAACUCACAACAAAAGAAAGGCAUUUGAAUGAGCAAGAAAAAAAGAUAGGUGCCUCCGCCCUCUGUAUAGCUUAGUAUGUCUGCAGUGAGACAGGUACAUGAAAAAUAAUAAAUAAAAGCUUUGUUAGAAUAAUGACUUUUUAACUUUCCAACUGGCUUUCUAAGACUCCAGUAUACUCAUGACAUAUCCAGCGUUUAACAGUGGUGAAACACUGAUCUAUGAUCACACUGUUAAGUCUUUAGCAGAAUCCUUAUGUACAAUACAGAUUCCAGGUCAGUGAUUACAGGACAACUGUGGAGUACCCAGUGCAUUGACGGACGUUAAAGCAGGAGAUGUUGUGAAUAGCACAUACUGUAUAUAUAACAACUAUGAGAGAUUAACUUCAGAUUAAGAUUUCACCAUGAUACCAUAACCAACCACACAGCUACCAUUUCUCAUCCCUCCAUAAUGUACAGUAGCCUAAUGCAGCCUUUAAACUCUCUCUCUCAAAAUAUUUAACUGUAAAUGAACAUUCAGAAUUUACUUGUAUUUAACUCAGAAAUUAAACAUGAUGGAAUUACAGUCGUGUGCAAAAAAGGAACAAAAAGAGAAACAGUUAUACAGUAUGUGUUUAGUCUUUAGACCGGAGCUAAUAUUGAAUGUCUGACAAAAUAUGCUUGUGCUGGAACAUAUCAACGAGACCAGUUCAACUGGACCUGUCAACGUGUGGGUACCAAAGACACGAGCCUUAUGUUCAGAUCCCUCAAGGAUGCUUGAAGUAAGGAGUGGGAUGUGUUCAUGAAUGAGAACAAUGCAGAACAUAGAAGUGCAAGAACUGAGCGCAAACAACACUGUGUGGUUUCCUAUGACAUUGUGUAACAUCUGUGAGAUUGAAGAGCUGCUGUUGAUUGCUUGUUUUUGUUCUGUGUUGAAAAUAAAUGGUUUUAUCGAAA